AUGGAUCACUUUGCAACUUCUGGCCUUACAAUCAGCCUGGGAAAGACUGAAGCCAUGCUCCAGCCCUCACCAUCACAGGCUGCCAACAUACCACCACCUCCUAUCGUCAUCAACCACACAGAGAUCAAGACUAUGGAAAAGUUCUGUUACUUGGGUAGUACCGUUACAAGCAAUGGAUCUCUGGACACUGAGAUGAUGCAGUGUAUUAGAAAAGCAAAUUGCCGUAUAAAGAGCAGUCGUCCUGAGUACACGUCUCCACUGUUGCGAGACGUGGACCAUCUGCCGUCGGCACAUCCAGUAGCUGGAGCAGUUUUAUCAAUGAUUUGCAACAUCAAGCGGCAGGACAGAGUGUCCAACCUGCAGGUCCCGGAGAAGUACGGCCUCACCAGCACUGAGUGUUUGAUCAUCAAGUACCAGCUGAGAUGGACAGGACACAUUGUCCGCAUGGAAGACAACAGAAUCCCGAAAACGCUGCUGUACGGAUAG